AUGCAUCGCUCAGCCAAGACAAGAUACUCUGCUAUUGUAUUUCUAUUGUUCAUUGGCUUACUUUUGGAUCAAAACGUGGUUGUGCAGGCGUGUUCAGUAAUCCGGAUGAGCCCACCCGAAGAACUGGUCGCGAAAGCUGAUGUGAUUGUCCGUGCAAAUGCUGCCAGCUACGAGAAAGAGCCAGCGGAAGCAGGAUACUCGACUGGAUUUCCAACUUCGAUAGUUAAGUUCGAAGUAAAAGAAACGCUCAAAGGCAAGAAUAUAGCUGUCGAACCGCUUUUGAUAUUCGGAUAUUUGAACAACGAUGACGAUUAUAACGAUCAUCCGUCGCCUUACACAUUCGUUCGACGAAAUGGUCGCGGCGGCAGUUGCUUUGCUAGUACAUACAAAAAAGGUGCUGAUUUUUUAUUGUUCUUGGCACGAAAGGAGAGUGGCGAAUUGACGCCGUAUUGGAGCGCAUUAGCUCCUGUCAAUGAACAGCUUCGACCAGUCAACGAUGAAUGGCUGCGAUGGGUCAAGAACCAGUUGGGUGCGCUACGUAAAUAA